UGACGACUUCGGUAAAUAGCUCGGAUCCGAAGGGGCAUGGAGAUUACAGAUUGUUUCUUGUAUCUAUCUCCAGAUGCCUCGUUACAUAGCUCGGAGCCGAACACGCGCGGGGUGGACUAAGGACAUGCGUUCGCGUAUUUAAAGCCCUGUGCUCAAGAAGGCCAUUCAGAGGAUUCGGCACAUUGAGCGUUACCAGUUUUGUGAUGGCUGGCAUAUUGAAGCAUUUCUAUCCAAGCAAUGCGUCCUUUGGGUACGAAGCCCUGAGAGCUGUGGGUUAUAGCAAUUAUGGCGGUGCGGACAUCGCAGGUGUUAUUGCUAUCUGCUCCCGGAUCCGAUCCGGCGAUGAAGAGAGUUGGAUGGCAGAAUGGAAGGAGGCAGCUGACUUUGCGAUGAAGCUCGGGCGAGACAGUUUGGCAUUGGGUAAUAUCCGAAGUGCGGAAGAAGCAUUUCUAAGAGCUUCCAACUACUAUCGAACUGCUGACUUCUAUCGGCGUACGGCACCCUUUGAUGACGAAAUUUCGAAGGACCUCGUCAAGUUGUGUAACGGAGCAUUCUUGUCGGCCAUGAAGUUGACGGGUUAUCCCUUCGAAGAGAUCAAAAUCCCAUACCAAGACACUACGCUUCCCGGCUUUAUCUUACGGUGCGACGCCAAUUCCACUCCACGACCUACAAUAAUUUUCAAUGGUGGCUUUGACUCUGUUGGGGAAGAGUCUUGGUUCGCCAUUGCUGCUCCAGCAUUACGCCGCGGCUGCAAUAUAUUGGCUUUCGACGGACCCGGUCAAGGCCGCGCACUACGGGAGCAACAUCUAUUCUUCCGACACGACUGGGAAAAUGUAUUGACUCCGGUGGUUGACUUCGCGCUCACUCGACCUGAGUUCGAUGAGAAGAAGCUGGUACUCUUCGGUUGGAGUAUGGGGGGAUAUCUCGCGGCCCGUGCCACCACGAGUGAGCAUCGCUUCGCUGCUGUCAUUCUAGAUGACGGCGUCUUUGACUUUGGCAGUGCCUUCAGUGCUUCUGUGCCAUCCGCUAUCCAGUAUUUGAUAAGGAAUAAAUGGGACAAACUGGUCGGGUUCCUCCUCAAGAUGGCUUCGAAAUUUGAUACUGGAAUGCGAUGGGGACUCCUCAAUGGUAAAUGGACGUUUGGACUUUCUUCCGCGGCGGAGCUCUUCAGAGAGGUUGGAAAGUACAACUUGAAUGGGAUCGUGGAGGAUAUUGUCACACCUACGCUGGUGUUGGAUGCGCCGGAUGACCAUUUCCUCAAGGGGGAAUGGGUGUUCGUUGACUUGGGGCUGCAAGAUGGUCAGGUCAUAGAAGAACCCAAGAAGGAAAAUAUCAUCGGCAGGAAGAUUGAAGAAUCCGAGUUUAAGGAGGCCAUGAGGCAGCUCAUCGACCACAAUAUAGCAACCUUUCCCCUCAAUGCUCCCCCCGAAGUAUCAGAGGACCGGGAAAGGACCCGUGUUAGUUCUCUAGUUCAGCAUUCAUACCGCCGGAUAAUUUUUGAUAUGAGUCCUCUAGUUCAGGACCCAGACGAUGGCUACUACUAUAAUUUGGCGAAAUACCAUACUGGAGAAACACAGAGGCUGUACUUCUCAAUUCCAAAAUGGCUAGAGCGAGAAGCUGGUGAGCAAGGAAUGGGCGGUUGAUCAAGGUACUUCUUCU